UUCAUCCGAAUAGCGACGGUUUGUUUGGUCCGCGUUAGCGCCGUAUUUACUUUUUGUGUUUGUUGUUCUUUUCAUUGUGCUUUCUCACAUUUCUCCGGUUACUCAAUACGACAACGCGAUAGUGGAAGCCUUCCACCGGCAAAAGGCGAACGAUACACGCAAAUAUAAUCAUAAGCUUUUUGUCAUUGGAACGAAAAUCAAUCAUUUUUGAAGGCUUCGGGCUUUAAACCUUUUUCGUGGUAUGUGUGGGAUACCGCGCGUUGUUGAGGUGUGAAUAUUUACCGUUCGCCGGAGUGGAGUGAUAUCAUAUUCUGUCGACCUCACCCGUGCUGGAAUGUGUGGAUACCCACUUUUGUUUGGAAUAGUCGCAGCUAUUUGUUUUUCGUUGUGCGAUUUUCAUUUAAUCGUCACGUUACAUCGCGUCCGGUUUAUUCGGUGCAGUUGCUGAACACAUUUGGCUUGACCGCACCUAUCCAGAGGAGAGAGAGUUGAACUUUUCUUUCAUUAAAUUCAACAAGUGCUAUCGUUGAAUGAAUCACUCCCACGAUUAGCACUUUCCGAACAUUGGGAAGAGCGCCGUCGGAUUUGUACGAUUGAAUUCGAUUCACGAAAAAGCAAUUGUGCCAUCGUUCGGGAAAUUGUGAAUGAUGUGUUUACAGCGGAAUAAAGAAAUCAAAUAAUGAAGUGUUUGUAGUGUGAGCAAAUAUGGUGCAGCUGGAAAUCCGGUGAUUCAUAGUGUUUCAUAGUGCCAGCAAAAACAGCAGUGUGUAUACAGCCCUAACCUAAAAAUAAAAUACCAAAAACAAGAAUACACAGCAAGUCGCGGCGAAUGCGCGACGGUCAGCAUCAUCAUCAUCAUCAUCAGCGAGAAUACGAAUAAGGAAAGCAGGGCCUGACAAAAGCAAAAGCACAACCAAUAGCGCGGCUAAAGACAACAGCACCAACAUAACCAUAACGAUGGCGAUGCAUCAAAACAGUCAGGAGGUCGGCGUGCAAGAUUUUGUGCUGCUAGACGUGGUUACGAUGGAGAAUUUCAUGGACAAUUUGAAGAGAAGAUUUCAGUCCGGCAAAAUCUACACAUACAUCGGAGAGGUAUGCAUAUCAAUGAACCCCUACCGAGAGAUGAACAUCUAUGGACCAGAGCAGGUGAUACGGUACAAAGGGCGGGAACAGUUCGAAAAUACCCCGCACAUCUUCGCCAUCGCAGACGCUGCCUACAGAGUGCACAAGCAGCGAAAUCACGACACGUGCAUUAUGAUCUCCGGCGAGUCCGGAGCGGGCAAAACGGAGGCGUCCAAAAUCAUCAUGAAAUACAUCGCUGCCGUGACGAACCAGGGCAAUCAGAACGAGAUCGAACGUGUGAAAAACGUUCUGAUUCAAAGCAACGCAAUUCUUGAGUGUUUUGGGAAUGCAAAAACCAAUCGAAACGACAACAGUAGUCGCUUCGGGAAGUACAUGGACAUCGAAUUCGACUACAAGGGUGAUCCGGUGGGUGGCGUAAUAACGAAUUAUCUGCUGGAAAAAUCACGUGUCAUCCAGCAGCAGAGUGGAGAACGAAAUUUCCACUGCUUCUAUCAGCUUCUGAGAGGCGCGACAGAUGCGGAACUGAAACAACUUCAACUGAGUCGAGAUCCUUCCCACUACCACUACACCAACCAGGGAAGCGUGGAAGUGCUGUCGGAGAAGGCUGACUACCGGAUAACCUCUACCGGGCUGAAAACGCUCGGUUUUUCGAACGACGAGCUCUCGAUGGUGUGGCGGACGGUAGCGGCCGUACUUCAUUUGGGCAACAUUGACUUCAAGACCCAGGAUGAGCAGAUCCAGAUUGCAGUUCGAAAACCACUAUCAACCGCCUCCCAAUUACUCCAAGUGACCGAAGAGGAAAUGAUGCGAUCGCUCAGCGAGCGGGUGAUAGCGGCGAAGGGUGAAAUUAUGACGAAAGCGCACGAUACCAACCAGGCGGAAUUUGGACGAGAUGCGCUAGCGAAGGCCAUCUACGACCGGCUGUUCACGUGGAUUAUCCAGCGUAUCAACAAGGCUAUCGUGGUUCCGGGGGGAAACACCCAGAAGCGGUACAAUCGCGUCAUUGGAGUGCUUGAUAUUUACGGCUUCGAGAUUUUUGACCGGAACAGCUUCGAGCAGUUCUGCAUUAACUACUGCAACGAAAAGCUACAGCAACUGUUCAUCGAGCUGGUGCUGAAGCAGGAACAGGAGGAAUACCGGCGGGAGGGCAUCGAAUGGACCAACGUGGAGUAUUUCAACAAUCAGAUUAUUUGUGAACUGGUUGAGCAGCAGCACAAAGGUGUGAUCUCAAUCAUGGACGAAGCUUGCUUGAACGUGGGUAAAAUAACUGACGAGAUGCUGCUAGAUGCGAUGGACAAGAAGCUUUCCCAUCAUCCUCACUAUAGCAGUCGUCAACUCAAACCGAUGGACAAGGAACUCAAACAUCGCGAGGACUUCCGCAUCACACAUUACGCCGGUGAUGUUAUCUAUAGCAUAAAUGGAUUCAUCGAAAAGAACAGGGAUACGUUGUUCCAAGAUUUCAAACGACUGCUGUUCCACUCGAAAGAUCGUUUGAUAAGCUCGAUGUGGCCUGAGGGAGCGCAGGAUAUCACUAAAACUACCAAGAGACCUCUAACUGCUGGUACCCUGUUCCAACGUUCGAUGGCAGAAUUGGUAGCUACGCUAUUGCGGAAAGAGCCAUUCUAUGUACGAUGCAUCAAACCGAACGAUAUCAAAAGUGCGUCCGUUUUCGAUGAUGUUCGUGUCGAACACCAAGUGCGAUAUCUCGGUCUACUGGAGAAUGUGCGAGUUCGCAGAGCGGGUUUCGUCCAUCGUCAACGGUACGAUAAAUUUUUACUGCGCUACAAAAUGAUAUCCCAAUAUACGUGGCCUAAUUUCCGCGCUGGAUCCGACCGUGACGGUGUUAAGGUUCUGAUCAACGAAAUGAACUUCAGCCACGAUGUGAAGUUUGGCAAGACGAAAAUCUUCAUUCGAUCCCCUCAAACUCUGUUCGCGCUGGAAAAACAACGUAACGAAAUGAUUCCCCACAUCGUGACGUUGCUGCAGAAGCAGGUUCGUGGCUGGAUUUGCCGACAGCAGUACAAGAAAAUGAAGGCAGCCCUGACGAUUAUGCGCCACUACCGAAAGUACAAAUUGAAAUCAUACGUUCAGGACUUGGCCAAUCGCUUCCGCAAUGCUCGUCAGCUGCGAGACUACGGUAAAGGUAUCCAAUGGCCCCAGCCUCCACUGGUGGGCCGUGAAGCGGAGAAACAGCUCCGCAUGCUGUUCUCUCGCUGGCGGGCUUCAAUGAUCCUGAGGAAGUACCCACGGGAGGAGUGGGCUCAGCUGAGACUGCAAAUAAUCGCUGCCAGCGCGUUUCGAAAGCGACGCAAGUUCUGGGGACACGAUCGACGCUGGCUGGGCAAUUAUCUUUCGAUUACGUCGGAAAACUCAAAUUAUUCUUCGUACAAUGCCAGUAUUAAUAAUAUAAAAAAUUCGGACAACUUCCGGGCGGUGUUAUUCUCCGCCUUCGUGAAGAAGUUCAACAAGUGCAAUAAAUCAGCCGAGCGGGCAAUCAUUGUCACCGACGGGACCAUAUAUAAAUUGGACGGUCCGAAGAACAAGUUCCGCAAUAUGAAGCGCACCAUCGGAAUUAAGGAUAUCACCUCCAUCAGUGUUAGCCCUGGCAGAGACCAACUAGUUGUGUUCCACUCGCGCCAAAACAACGACCUUGUGGUGGCGCUCCAGGGUGAACAUCUGUCACUGAAAGAGGAUCGUGUUGGAGAAAUCGUUGCCCACGUGUGCAAACGCUACUAUGAACUGUGCAAUCAGGACCUGGUGGUGAAUGUGUCACCAUCUUUCCAACUUCGUCUCGGAAACAAGAUGCGCACCCUCAGUAUCGAGGCUGUGGCCGGAGUCGAGACGCCGGCGUUCGAACAUUCCGGUGCCGUCAUUGUGUUUAAGGUUCCUUCAUCGUACGGCAGCGCGAUCUAGUGCGCUGAUUUAUCAACGUUUUUUAUUUUUGUGGAGGAAUGUAUGUUAAUUGUGUUGAGUUUGCAUUCGUUUGGAGUUUUUUCUUCUAUUUGACCGGGCCAUCGUACUAAAAUUACGGUAUAAACAGUUUCAAGGAUAUAAUCCACCAACUAACUUUACAACUUACGUACUUCAGCACUUCUGCGUGGCUAUAGUAGUUUUUAUUGUGGCAUAUUGUUAACUUAUUACACAGUCAGAGGGAUACAUGAAAACAUAAUAUUAACGGAAAGUGCCAUUGUCUGAUAUUGGAGGUAAACGCAUCCGAUAGAUUUGGUAGAGCUUACCACAUUCGUAAUUUGCAUGUGAUAGAGUUGAUCAAGCGGAGAGACACACCGAUAACACCAAAUGUGGUUGCUGGUGAGUAGAGUUGUAGUCAUUCUUUACGGGGAUCAAAUGGAAUGAACAUAGCGGUAUUAAUUAUUUUAUCGAGAUUUUAUGGAAAUUUUGCAUUUCGUAGGGCUAGUAUUAGCAUUUUUUCUUCAUUAAGCAGCAUAUACAGUUUUUCAUAGUGCCUUUCAUUAUAUGGUUACUACGAUCAGAAUAUUUAGGUUUAAAUAACUCGUCUUCAUUGUGGGAUUUUACAUGUUUUGAAUACAAAUCAAAUGCUUAUA